AUGAACGACGACAUCGACAAGUCGCUGCUUGAUCGGCUGCAGGCCCUGCGCGGCUCCAGCGCGACGCCAGAGAAGCCGCCCGCGCCCCCGAUCAACAUCGACGUGAUUGAGAGAGCCAAGACGCCCACGCGAGAAGAGGCCCUGGCGGACCGCCUCCGCUCCCUCCGCGACCGCACAGAGUCGCCCUCGGCGCCCGCCAGCAAGGCCCCUCCCCGACCCUCGGCGCCCACUCCCAUCGCGGCAGCUCAGCGCGGGCAGCCCCCGAGACCAGAGCCCGCGGAUGAAGACGUCGACGCACUAUUUGAGACGGACGACAGGACGCUCGAGGAGCUCCUGGGGGACGUGAAUGCCGAAGAGCAGCCACCACAAACGACGGAGCCCAGAGAUGAAGACGUCAGAGCCCUGCUCGAGGAGCUCUCGAGGUCCGUGCCCAAGGACGGCGGCACAGAAGCCCAAGAUGAGAGGAGGGAUCGCGAGGAAGAUGGUGGAGGAGACUCGGACGACUCGGACGGUGAGCGGAUGGGUCGAGAGGUGGACGACGUGAUUGCCCGUUUUCGCGACGAGGCUGAGAUUGAGGCCAAGCGCGCGCCAGAGCAGGAUGCGCAAGACGAGGAUGCCGAUGAGCAAGAGGCCGGGACCGACGACGGUCCUCCCGAAGACCUGGACCUCCCGUCCCUGCCAUCCAACCUCGAUACGCUUCCCUCCAGCUCGCCUCCCCACGCCUCUCAACCCCGCACGCUCGACGACCUGACGGCCCGGAUGGCCGCCCUCCGCGCGCCCUCGUCCCCCUCAUCAGACCCAUCGCUGUCCCUGCCAUCAGUGCCCACGUCGAAGCCCGCCAAAGGCCCCAAGCGCCUGACGACCACGACGCGCUACACCGACGACGACGUGGACUCGUGGUGCACCGUGUGCCUCGAGGACGCCACGCUGCGGUGUCUCGGCUGCGACGACGACCCUUACUGCGCGCGCUGCUGGCGCGAGAUGCACGUCGGGCCCGCGGCGGGGUUCGAUGAGCGGAGCCAUCGCGCGGUGCAGUUUACGAGGAGGAAGAAGAGUGACAAGGUGGCGGUCGGAGCAUCGUGA